AUGUUAUGCAAGUAUGCCGCAAGCCAUCUUAGCAUCCUAGCUCCAUACGCCGAUGCCAGUGACGACGGUUUGGAAGAAAUCAAACAGAGAGAAACAUAUAGAAGAGAAUCGGAAGAUGAUUGCGGUGGCGAGGUCCCUAUAAAGGAGCAAGAAAAUACAACGAAACUUGCUCGCCGUCCUGUUUUUCGUCUAUUUCGCUAA